CAGCUUGUAAUCGUAGGACAGAAAUGCAUAGUAAUAAUCCAGCUGUGAAAACGUAAACAUCAAUAGUAUUUCGAAAGAUUGAUUAAUUUUUACCUAUUAUUCUGCUAAAAUAUGUUGUCUCGUUAAUGAUUAGCACAAAUCUGAGUUUGUUAGCUGAUACCGUGCUGUGAACAAUGGAAAAUUGCUAGUUUCACAACGGGAAAACGAUUUCGCGUAAGAAGUCUGAUUUCCCGACUCCCGUGGAGUAAAGCGCACACGACGAGGGCAGUAACCAGCACAUAAUUGCAUUUUGCUAGCAUAGAUCGAUUUGUAUCAAAAUUGAUUAUCCCGAGGAUGAUUACACUUACACGGAAAAAGAAAGAAUCCAACAGUGCCAUUGUGGACUCUUCCAAACGGAUUUCCAUCCGAGAGUUUCUACUGGUGAAAGAAGUCCAGGAGCUGGAGCAGAAUCUUCCCAGUACGUGUAAGAUUACCUUCCAGGACCCGAAUGUGUUGAGUGACUUCACUCUGGGUAUUACACCGAACGAGGGAUUCUGGCAAGGCGGGCGGUUCAAGUUUAGUGUUCACGUUCCCGAGGAGUAUAAUAUGGCGCCCCCGAAAGUGAAAUGUCUUACGAAACUGUGGCAUCCUAACAUCUCCGUCGAAGGAGACAUCUGCCUUUCGCUGCUUCGACUGAACUCGAUUGAUGGUCUCGGGUGGGCCCCAACCCGGAGGUUGAAGGAUGUCAUCUGGGGAUUAAAUUCGUUGUUCACGGACCUGCUGAAUUUCGACGAUCCGCUGAACAUCGAAGCGGCGGAACAGUAUUCGAAGGACAAGGAUAAGUUUCAGGCGAAAGUGCGGGAGUAUGUUUCGGCGCACGCUCGGAGAUAAUCAGUGGGUGAGGAACGGCGAACUAAACACUGGUAUGUAACGAAUGACGAAUGUGUGAUGUGCUUUUUCGAAAAUGUGGGUCUGGGGGCGUAGCAAUUGAUAAAACGAACCAAUCAGCCAGGAACGAAACCAUGAGAAGCAGGCGUAUUGAGAAUUACCUAUGAAAUAUUAGCUGGAGGACGGUUAGAUUCGGAGACAUUUUUGCACUCGACCCUAGCGAUACUUUAGGGUGUUUAAAAUUGUUAGGAAAAGUUGAGUGGAAUAAAAUUCUGAGUUGUGUAAAA